AAAAAAAAAAAAAACUUGUAAACAAUGGAGGCUGAUGCUGCAUUGCCGUUGCCUCAAAACAACAAUUUAAAGGUUGAGGUGAAAAAGCAGUUACGGCUCUCUGCGCCACUAAUCGGCGUGAGCAUACUGCAAUAUUCCCUCCAAGUCAUCUCAGUCAUGUUUGUCGGGCAUCUUGGCUCACUCCGUCUCUCUGCGGCAUCCAUCGCUACCUCCUUCGCUUCUGUCACUGGUUUUACGUUUCUGAUGGGAACGGCAGGUGCGCUGGAAACACUUUGUGGGCAGUCAUAUGGGGCAAGGCGGUUCGGGAAUCUAGGCAUCCUCAUGCAGAGAGCCAUGUGUGUUCUAUUGGUGCUCUCUGUUCCUCUGUCAAUAAUCUGGGCUAACACAGAGCACAUUCUUGUAAUAGCCCACCAAGACAAGUCCAUCGCUAGGCUUGCAGGAACGUAUGCACAGUACAUGAUCCCGAGCAUCUUUGCGUACGGACUUCUUCAAUGUCUUAACAGGUUUUUGCAAGCACAAAACAAUGUGUUCCCUGUGUUUGUGAGCUCUGGAAUUACAACUGCACUUCACGUGCUUCUAUGUUGGGUCUUGGUAUUGAAGUCUGGUCUAGGAUACAAGGGAGCUGCUCUAGCGAUUUCCAUCUCCUAUUGGACUAAUGUUGUUCUCCUCUCCUGUUAUGUCAAGUUCUCACCUUCUUGCUCUCACACCUGGACUGGCUUCUCUAAGGAAGCUCUGACCGAUAUUUAUACUUUUGUCAAGCUUGGUUUUCCUUCUGCAGUUAUGGUCUGUUUUGAGAUGUGGUCUUUCGAGCUAUUGGUUCUACUGUCAGGCCUGCUCCCUAAUCCAGUUUUGGAGACUUCAGUCCUUUCAAUUUGCCUAAAUACUUCAUUAACUGUCUGGAUGAUCCCGGUUGGCCUCGGUGGUACUGCAAGCACAAGGGUCUCAAAUGAGCUCGGAGCAGGGAAUCCGGAGGUGGCAAAGCUGGCUGUACGCGUGGUUGUAACCAUUGUCAUCGUUGAGGGUCUGCUUAUCGGAUCUGUUUUGUUGCUUGUGCGGCAUAAAUUGGGAUAUGCUUUCAGCAGCGACCCAAAAGUCAUCAAAUAUGUAGCAUCAAUGAUACCAAUUGUUGUUGCAGGCAACUUCCUCGAUGGCUUUCAAUGCGUUCUAUCAGGGGUUGCUAGAGGAUGUGGAUGGCAAAAGAUUGGAGCAUGCGUGAAUCUCGGUUCAUAUUAUCUUGUUGGAGUGCCCUUGGGUUUGCUUCUUGGUUUCCAUUUACAUCUCGGUGGUCAGGGGCUUUGGCUGGGAAUUGUAACUGCCCUUGUUGUUCAAGUGAUCUCUCUUUCCCUCAUCACCAUACUUACAAAUUGGGAUAAAGAGGCCAAGAAAGCAUUAGCCAGGGUUAGGUCUUCAGAUCAGGCAGAUGGAGAAGCAGAGUGAUCGUGCGUGUUUCUUCCAUUACACUAGUUCCCGUUGGUAGACUUAACCUGUGCUUUUAUAGUUUUAUUAGCAAGCCCUAGUAUAAACAAGAGAUUCAAAAUUGAGACUCCCAAGUGUCUUUUGAGAACGAAACCUGUUUUUUCUCUAAAAUUAUAUAAUAUUUAUUUGAUCGGAUCAAA